AUGGCAUCGAAUAUCCUCCUUCUAGGAGCAUCGGGUUACAUUGGCGGUUCAAUACUCACCACACUACUCAAAUCAAAGGGAUAUAACAUCUCGGCGCUCGUGCGCAAAGAGUCACAGGCGGAGGUUCUGAGGGGGGAGGGUGUUAAGGCGAGUGUGUUUGAGGGGUUGGACGAUGAGGAAGCGAUUUUUGGGGAGGCGAGGGGGUGUGAUAUCGUCAUAGCAGCAGCAGAUGCUCGACACGCCGGUGCCGCGAAAGCAUGUCUUCGCGGUCUUGCUGAACGUCAGAAAGUAACUGGAAAUUCUACGAGUUAUACAGCAGGCGCAAGUAUGGUAGCAGACUGGCCCAUCACCGGCUCCCGCGUCGACACUAGUAUCCACUCUGAUAUCGACGAGGAUGUGUAUACGCUCGAACGAUCUUAUGACGAGCCGUGGAGUGGUGUGAGGGAUGUUAAUCAGAUUGUUGUUGCUUUCGGUGAGGAAGUUGGUGUGAGGACGUAUAUCGUGAUUCCGCCGCUUAUCUAUGGUGAGGGUAUUGGGUUUUUUACGAAGGGUUUUGGACAGGUGAGUAUGUACGUCGAUCUAGCGUUGAAACACAAGACCGCUGUGACGUUGGGUGAAGGUUCAGGUAUAUGGAGCAUCAUCCACAUCAACGAUCUCUGCACUCUUUACCAUCUCCUCGUCACCGCUAUAAUCAACACCUCAUCAACCCUCAAGUGCGGCAAAGAAGGCUACUACUACGCCGAAAGCGGCUCCAGAAGUUGGAAGAGCAUCGCUGAGCAAAUCGGGGUUGUGGGACACAACCUCGGUGUUUUUGAGAACACCGAUGUCAAGACUGUGGAAAUGAAGGAAGUUGCGGAUGCGUUUUAUAAGGGGGAUGAGAGGUUGGCGGAGAGUGUUUUGGGGUCGAACUCUAGGAUUAAAGGGGAUCGCGCACGUCGGAUUUUGGGUUGGAAGCCUGAGUUUAGCGAGGGUGGGUUUGAGGGGGAGGUUGAGAGGGUUGUGAGGGAGCUUUUGGAGAAGGAGGGGUAG